AUGACCGAGGAUCUGCACUUGAUACUUCUCGAGUGUGCCAACAUAAGCACACCCGGCGAUGUCGCUCAAUUGAACAUGGCUCCGAUACUGUUUCUGUUUAGAAUUAGUAAUCGCAAGGUGGUAAAUGCAAUCGCUGGUGCUGACUUUCUCAACCAGCUAGCUCCUGAUCAGGUUGAUGUUAUUAUUGAAGACAAUGGACUUAACGAGGCUACGAAUAAGAUUUUUAAAUUCUUAGAGGCUUACUGGCUAGCUCUACACCCAACGACACCGAUUCUUGAGGACGAGUAUCUGGAACAACUUCCAGAAUCAUCUGGAGCUGGUGAUAAAUCCAACGAAGGAGAAAAAAGAACUUAG